UUGUUCUCUUCAGUUCUGGAUUGUAGUGGGAAAAACAAUUUAAAACAAUGAGGUUAUUGUGUUAUGACUAUUGAAGUAAAAUUGCCCCACCUUUGCUUGACACAACAGAAGUUUUGCAGAUGUUUUUAUUUAUCUUUACUUCAUUAAUACAUAUUUCUCUUUUCUUUACCAGCCAUCAGCUUCAAGCAGCACAAAGUAGGUACAUUACCCAGAAGCAGAUCACCCAAGUUCUGGAGCGGGAAAUGUCUGAGCUGUAUAGCCUGCUAGAAAAGAAGAACCUUGUGCAAUCUGCAGGUGUCGUCUCAGACAAAAGAGCAGGAGGCAGAGCAACAGAAGCCAACACACCCAUGGACUCCCGGUCUGAUUGUGGUGGUGUUAGCAUGUCAUCAGUGUCAAAUUCUGAUUGUACAGAUGCCCAUCAAGCUGAGUCACCUAAGAUCAACAAAAGCACUUUAUCAUACAGACCGCCACCAUCUGUAUCACCAGGAGGGGGCAGUUCUGUAAACGGUAGACAGGAUCCACCUGUCCUCAUGGAGCCUUCCCCAUCCCACUCAUCCUCAUCCUCUACCAGCUCUGCUACCAAUGAUACCCCAAUGACUGUGGGCUCCUACCCCAGCGCGAAAAGCUUCUUAACUAUGCGCAACCGGGAGCUUUUUAGGAACAAGAGUGAGAGCCAGUGUGAUGAUGAAGUCCAUCAAUUGUCAAGCCUUUCCCAGGUUCUGAAAACUGACCAGUGCCCUGAUCCGCUUGACACUUGUGCAGGAGAUCUUGACCACUGUAAGACUGCUUUGGGUAAAGAGGAGCAUACUGAUGGACAGCAAAGGAAGAGCUAUCAGGAGGGCACAUCUCAGCAAAGACAGCGACAUCUGCGGAUAAUGGACUAUAAUGAGUCACACCAUGACCACAGCUAGAGAGAAGGAGGGGUGGGGGUGGACUUAACUCAGUGUUAUUAUUUCAUUCCCUGAGCUGGCAACAGGAUUUGAUGUUCAAAUUAAUCCCUUCUAGUGUAUAUAACUAAGCAAGUAGCAUCUCCCAAUCUUACCAUACUCCUCUUCUCCGAUAAUCAAGCCCCAUCCACUCAUGAAGAUUCAGUUUGAAAAAGCAGCAAGGUAUUUUGUGAAGUUUCCAUCGUUGGUGCUCCAUUUUUUUACUACAUAGUUUUUUUUUUGUUUUUUUUUUUUUUUAAAAAAGACCAAAUUGUUAGAACAUUAAUCUCCUCCAGUGUUUAUCUGAGAGCUUGACAGGUUUCCUUAAUCACUGAACACAGAAAAAAUCCUCUGUAUGCAUUGACCAGUCAUAAUUUAAACUGCCUCUUACAUAAUUUGGAUCUGCAAAGAAUAUCAAUAUAGAUUGAUAGUAAAGCCAGGCAGAGUGAUAUUCACAAGCUCCCAAAGGAAACUGCACAGUCUUCCACUUGGCUCCUGAGCCUUCAUUUAGGACUCUUCAUACAGUUUUGUUACACCUUGCUUGCUUAAAGCCUGUGUGGCUGAGAGAUUCCUUGAGUUAAAACUCAUGCCAUGGAGAACCUCCUUCAUUCCUUCUCUUUUCUGGCAAAAUUUUUACAACACUGUUUAUACCUUCUGAGGCCACCUCCUCUAGGUGGUACCAUGUGCAACUUGUUCCUGUUUUUGGAUGGAACGGCUUCUCACCUUUUUCUGAGUUACAGGGUGUGAAGUCCAGUUACUUGCUUAGAAAGGCCAUAUUGUUGGGCGCAUUUUGGUAAAGAGCGAUCCUAAUGCCAAGAUAGAGGGAGUUUUGUUUAAUCCUGCCUGCCCUCCCCAUGACCUUAGAGCUAUCUUAUUUUCAUCCUACAUUCUAGCAGCAAUUUCCUUUGAAACAUAUCUGACUGUUUUGCCUGUACCAGAGAUCAGUUAAUGCGAAUUACACACUUUUAAAAUUAAUUUUUGUUUUAGCCCUAUUGAUUUUUUUUUCUUUAAGUCAUCCUAAUCUUGACCAUUUAUGGAAGUGAAAAAAGAGCCAGUGGAAAAUGGUUUUCUUUGACUUUUAAGGUUUUGAAGCCACAUGGUUGUACAUUAAGAAUUCAGACCCCAGGCCUGUAAUAUUGGGUCCGUGGUCUUUGCCAUGUCAUAAGCAAAACAUCCCACAUCCUUUCCCUGAUUGGCUUGGCAUCAUGGAGAUAGAUGCCAGGAACUCAGUUUUGCAAAGCCCUUGCGUUCAACCAAAAACACCAGUUGGACAGCAUGCAGGACGCACUUUCCCAUAUUGAAAAAGCUGGGUAAAGCAGCCUUUGUUUAUUUUCUCAUUUAAUUGUACAAAAAUACAGUGAAAUUGAGUAGUGGAUUAUGGUAAUUCAAAAAAGAGCUUGCCAAAUCUGUGCUCUACUAUUUUCUUAGCCUGAGCACAAAGUGACACUCGGACAGAGGACACUUGUAGGAGUGUCUGACCAAAAAAAAAUUGGAGGAGGUUGUGAGAUGCAUUGUCAUCUUUGGCAGUAUCAUGUCUGGUGACAUUUUGGAGCACAUAUUAGGAAAACGGACCACAUUUUAAAUCAGUACAUACACAAAUCCUGUUGUCUGCUAAGGGCUUCUGCUCUUAGUAUAUAUAUUUUCUUUUUUGCCUUGCUACCAGAAGCAUGUACAACAAUCCACAUCAAAAUGCCAAUAACUGGGUACAGAGGGGUAGGAGAGUGAUUGACAAAAUGCAGUGUGGUACAAUCUGAGCAUAGCUGGAGGUUUGUCAUAACCCUAUGUUGUGAAGAACGGUAAGGAAGACUUGCGUUCUGAGGAGCAGUUGCUUGUGUUUAACUGUGAACAUAAAUAAAAUGGUCUUUCAUGUUUUGCACUACA